CCAUGUGACCGUCACGUGACGGGCUGCUACUUAGGGCGCCGGGUCCCUGCACCGCAGAUAGACCGCGCUGCGCCCCACCACCGCCGCCAGGAUGAUGUGCGGGGGGACGUCCGACACCCGGCCCGCCACCGAGGAGACCCAGGCCCUGGCCGACCAGGUGAAAGCCCAGCUGGAGGAGAAAGAGAACAAGAAGUUCGGCAUGUUUAAGGCCACUGAGUUCAAGACCCAGCUGGUGGCCGGGACCAACUACUUCAUCAAGGUGCAAGUGGGCGGCGAGGAGUUCUUGCACCUGCGUGUGUUCCAGAGCCUCCCGCACGAGAACAAGCCCCCGGCCCUGCACAGCUACCAGAUGGGCAAGGCCAGACACGAGGAGCUGACAUACUUCUAGACCCGCGGCCCUCGCCCCUCUGCACCUCCCCCAGCAACCGCUGUCCUCCCAAAGGUGGUUCUGUUCCUUCCAAAAUACAGAUUUCUUACGUCUUUGCA